UAGCUGGUAAUUGGAUGUGAUGUAACGGCGCAGCUGCAGUUAUAGCCACACCUGCAGCCGUCAACCCCCAUACAACAGAGGCGGUAUAAUGAUAUUAAUGUCUAAAUGUUUUUAAUCAACGUUAAUCUAUUAAUGGCACGGGGCUUAUAAUUAUAAUCAGAUGAUCAACGUAUAGGAUAAACCGUGCUGGCAUAUGCCUAUACCCCCUGGUGGCUGAUGUUGCUGUUAUAUUGGUUGUCAAUUCCCUCCCAAAGGAGGGAAGUGAGGAGCUGUGUGUGGGCGGGUAAGAUCCGUCUGAAACGGCGAAUCAAUACUUUAUUAUGCCUCUAAGAGCUCCGCAAUCUGUCCUGAGCGCACUAGCUGACCGGGGGUUAGUUGUUUUUCUGUUGUGUAAACUAAAAGUGUCUACCUGCACACUCGGAAAUCGUGAACUUUCUUUGCACUCUGCCGGCGCCUAGCACUCGGUUCUGCAUGUCUUGGGGCAGGCUUAGAGACGGCGCACACCGACGGGACAUACGGAGUGAGACGGAUACAUGCAAAGUGGCAGCUGAGCUGAAGCCACAUUUGCUGCACAUUUAAAUCGUACCACCACGUACCACGUUUGGCACAAUAACCGCUGACUUGAACGCACAGCAUGGGCGGAGAACCCCCUGGAGGGAGCAGCAGCAGCAGCGUCGGCGAAAGUGGACAGGAGCAGUACCAGGCUUUAGCCUUCGACACCGCCGUCAGUACUCUAGUGGCUGUAGCCGUGUACGUGGUGGUCAAAGUCAGCCUGGACGGCUUCAGACAGUGGCGCUCCAAGAUCUCCGUGUUAAUAGUGGGCUCGGGACCGAUCGGCCUGACCGCAGCGUUGGUCGCUGUCCGCUCGGGGAAGGUGCUGAAGCUGACAGUGCUGGACGAGCGGUGCCGGAGCGCCCUGCUCUGCCGGCCCCAGCAGAUCGCCCUGGACCCCCGCAGCGUGGGGUUUCUGCUGGGGUUAGGGGUGGACUUUGAUAAUAUGGAGGGGUGCUGGCACAACGAGCACUUUUUCACCAAGAUCGGGGUGUUUCAGGAGUAUUUGUUGAGCAUCUUGGAGCAGAAGAAGCAGAAGGUCGACGUCCGUGUACAGCUGGGAACCAAGUUCACCGAGGAGUACCUGCACCGCCUCCCCCGGCCCCAGUGGCCCCGGGUGCUGGUGGUGGCCGACGGCUCCUGCGGGGACUCCUGCUCCGUGCUGGGCAUCAGCUCCGACUACGCGGUGGAGUCCUGCCGGGCCUACGGUGCCAACGCCGCCAUAGAGAGGCUGGACCAGAGACAGGUGCCCACCCCUGAGAUCCGGGCUCACCGGCUGUACUUUGACCUGUCGGCCUACGGGGUGGAAGCGCUCCGGGACCACAAGAACCACGCCUCCAAGCCCGGCUUCCACCUGAAGAUCUACGGAACCUUGCGGAGCCGCUACAUGGCGCUGGUGUGCCCGGCCUCCGACACCAAGAUGGUGCGCUUCCUGUGUCACACCGCCAACGCCUCGAUCAUGAAGAACAUCUUCCACCAGUCCUUCAACGCCUACAAGACGGACAUCGAGCCGCGGCUCAGCGACCUCACGCUGCACCGCCUGCAGUGCAGCCGGCGCCUCUUCGAGGUGCAGCUGUCGCACCGCCAUGUCAGCGCGGCCUACAUCCAGGGGGACAACGUGGCCGUCACCGUGGAGGGCGAGGCCGCCCGCGUCCUCAACUUCGACACAGGUUGUGGUGUGAAUCUGGGCAUGCGCGGUCUUGAGUCUCUGAAAACGUUUAUCUACAAGACGGCCACAGCUGUCGAUCAGAACGACGUUCUAGAAGCGCUGGCCGCUAAAAUUAAACACUCCCGGCAAGUAUCAGAGACCUUCAAGCAGACGGGCCUGUUAGAGUCCAUGUACGAGUAGGCCUCAAAGCUUGUGAAGAACCGAUAUCGCCACCUUGUGGUGAGAUGAGUGCUACUGCACUACAAUGUUGAUAAAAUGUCUUUACCAGUGCUGUGAUGAGUCUUAUGUUUACUGAAUCGAAAUAUGGGUAAAAAAUAUUAUUAUUAUACAGCAUAACAUACAACCAAAGCAACAAAACAAAAGGUAAAUGGACUGCAUUUAUGUGGCGCUCUCCUAAAGUGGCCACUCAGCGCUUUACAAUUAUUGCGUAAUAUUCACCCAUUCAUACACACAUUUACGGCUUCACCAAAGGAAGGUGACAGCCAGCUCGUCGGGAGCAGUUGGGGUGAGGCGUCUUGCUCAGGGACACCCCGACACUCAAGUCAAGUCAACCCGCUGGAACUCUUGAGCUACUGCCGCCCAACCGGGUUAGUUAAGAGACAUUAACCAACAGUUCAUUACAACUAAAAAUAUUUUCGUAAAAAGAAUGUCAAUUUUAGCAGCCUUUUUCUUUUUUUGAUCCCAAUAGCGGCAAUAGUAUUUUUUUAAUUAAUUUUUUUAUUCAUUGUUCAACUAUGUUGGGGAACCUUUGUAUAGUCAUUGCUUAUAAACUGUCUUGAUGUUGCUUCGCUUAACUAAACUGUCAUUGUGCUAUGCUUUUCUUAGUCACAGAUUAGAAAAAUGCAGUUUCAGCUGUUGAUGUAAUAAUUACACACUGGCCAGACAUUUAUUUGGGUUAGGAUUAGGUUAGGUAAAUGAACCGAUAGUAACACCUGUGUUUAGAUAAAAUGUUCAGCAGAUCUAAAGGUGUUAUCAUUGCAGGUGUGCACCAGUUGGUGCUGUAUAAAUGGUACCUAGUUCCUAUAUAGGUCCUAUAUAUGGGACCAGAUAAUAUAUAUCUAAGUUGUAUUCAUGAGUCCUUAUAAUGGCUGGGGUCAGAGGUUAAAGUGCCACAAAAUAACUUGUCAGUGCCAGUCAUCUGAAUAAAACAAAGAUGAAGAUUGUAUUAUUUCUAUGAAAUCGGUUUAUUUGUUUAAUACAAUUAUUUUCAGCCAUAUAUGCAUCCUUAUUUGUGUGUGGACAUUGAUCGAACAUGGGUUGUUUAUGUGGAUAAAGUUCAGCAAGAACAAUUGAUACCUUCGGUAGAUUUUUUACAAUUCCGUUCAAUAUCAUCCCAAUGCAGACGCAAAUGGGCGUUCUUGUGUGGUGGGGGUUCCCGUUUACGCAGACUGGAACGCCCCCUUCUUAUUCUUUGUCGCCUUUCUCGCUGAACUGUAUUAAAAUGUCAAAGUGUACUACUCCGAAACCAUGUAAAUAGUGUUGUAAAUAUACUUCCAAAGCUUUUCAAAUCUUAUUUGGAAAAUAACUUCACAUGGUGUCUUUUUACAAUUUAUUCGUUACCAGCAUUCGUAGUGUUGAUCAGCAGGGGUUGACAAGUUACCGGACUGCAACCCAUGCAAGUGAACGGAGCGUUCCACGGCAUUGAGAAGACCCGUGUAAUAAAGGCCUAUAAAAUGUCUGUUUAUGGCAUAGAUUUCUCCUCAAAUUAGGCCAAUAAAGCAAUGAUAACAAAAACAAAAAAAGCACAAACGCUCGAUCAAAGGCCCGACCCGACAAUCAAAACCCUCAAUGUUUAACAUGAAUUGGCUAAACAAAUGACCACUGUAGCAUAUUUAAACACAAUUGAAAUUGUGCAGAGAAUUAUUUCCAUUGGUCAUUCUCAGUGGCGGCUGGCGAUCAAACAUGUUGGUGGGGCACAGUAAUAGGCUGGGGGUCUGAGGUUCUCCCCCCCCCCCCCCCCCCAUAUUUUUUUU